AUGCUUUUUCUUCUUUUCGCCACCGCUGCCCUCGCCGCUAGAGUUAACCCGGACUUCGAGGACUGUACCGACUGCCUGGUGAUCACCACUGCUGAGUCUUUAGCAGGCACCAUCACCUACACUGGUCCAGCGGAGGUUCCGGAGACUACAAGUCUGAGAACCCCUGAAUCGACAACCCCUGAUGAAACGACUUCUGCUACAACUGAGGAUACAACUACUCAGACGGAGCCUACUGAUCAGGCUGAGACUCCAGUAACCCAAGCUCCUGCUACGACUUCAACAACAGCUACUUGGCUGGACUCCGGUCCAAUUACUGAAGCUCCGCCUCCCCUGUCGUCUGAAUGGAUCGUUUCCACCAUCACCGUUGUUGUUCCCCUGACCUCUGUGGAAACAGUCACCCAGUGCCAUCCAAGUGUCGUUCUGAAGACAGAAGUGGUGACCAUAUCCACCUCCUCUUCGGUAACCAACCUUCACACUGAGGAGGUAGCCCCUGAGAGCUGCACUGCUGUUGUCAAGAGAGGCUUUGAUUUCAGAAACGGCUCGUACUCCCAAGUCACACAGAGCUGUUCAGGAACGGCUCAUGCCACGGUGAAGGCUGUGGUCACGGUGGUCAUCUCCCUGUGGCUUGAAACGCUGGUUGAAACGUCAACAACGUCUUCUUGUGAGGAAUCUGUCAAUACCAUCACAGGAUCUGAGGUGAUAACUACGGAGACCACCCUCACUGUUCCGAACCCUGCUGCUCCACCAAAGGAGAGUUCACCACCAAAGGAGAGUUCACCACCAAAGGAGAGUUCACCACCAAAGGAGAGUUCACCACCAAAGGAGAGUUCACCACCAAAGGAGAGUUCAGGUAACAACAAUUUGUCUGAAGCAUCUGACGCUCCAUCUCAUCUGACGCCUGUUUCCCAAGGUAUUGCUGAAUCUGGUAUGCCUUCUUGUCCUGCUAUUACUGUCACCGUCACGGAGCCCGGAAUUUGUGCUUUUGCCAACGGCGUCGGUUCACCAGUACCAAGCAUCGCAACCCUGCUUUUCGCUACCCUCUUCCUUUUUGCUUUCUUCUAA